AUGAUGAAGAACAUGUCCAGGACGAGCAAUCUUCGUGAAAACCACCUAUAUCAACUCAUUUGUGAAAAGCGCAAAGAACAAAACAGUCUUGCUGAGAACACGUCAACAACACUCUUUAAUGCCAUUGUUGCCGACGAAGUAGACGAAGACGACAUAGUCGUCAACGAAAAGAAGACUGGCUUCCCCCCCACCGUCAGGCUCUCUUCCCUUCGCCCGCUUAUCACUCGAUCUCAGUCGUCUCAAAACUCAAGCCUCGACUCCUCCUCCCUCUCUUCUGAGCCCCAGGACGACACCGAGCUCCUUCGAUCCCGCAUCCAGGCCGUCUUCCUCACCUACCGGUCUCCCAACACUACCCCCAAGCAGUACGUCAGCCAUGCUCAGCUCCUCGAGUCCUUCAAGGACCUCGCCGAUACUGUCAGCGGCCCCAACGCCUUCAGCGUCGCCUCCACCUCCUGCUCCUGCCAUCGCCCUCACUCUCACUCCCCCAGCUUCCCGUCAACCAGCAGCAUCCCGUCGGGCGAGCACGGGUCGGCCAAGAACAAGCCCCGCCCGGUGCACAACACGGCUGCGAGGGCUCAGGGGAGGUGCGAGUGCGAGGGAGUGCACGGGGUGGUGGAGAUGCGGAGCAAGAGAGGCUCGCGGCCCCCGGAGAAGGUCAGGUGCUCCAUCCAGUCCAGCUCGGGCAAGAUGAUCCUCUCCAUCUUCGGCGGCAGCGACUACGGGACGGAGGUAGGCUUCAUCCGGCUGGAGGAGUCGUACGUGGCGACGUACGGGGAGAAGCCUCUGACGUUUGCGGUGGGGCUGAGGUCGAGGAGGGAGUGCUUCGAGGAGAGCGAGAUCCACUUCUCUUGCCACACGAGCGUGUCGCGAGACAAGUGGGUGGGGGCGCUGAUCCAGGGAGGGAGCAAGAGCAGGAGGAUGCUUUCAAGCCUCCCUGCAGAGAUCGUGGGCGACGAGUGA